UGGAAAGUUAGCAGUUUGGCACAUUUCAUUUCAUUGAAAAGAUGAAACUCUUUACGGUAUUGUUCGUUAUCGCUUUUGCGGUUGUCCUGGUGGAAGGUCAACGAGGAUUCGGACGUCGAGGAUCUCGUGGAUUUAAUGGAUCUCGUGGACUCCGUGGACCAGGCGGACGAGGCGGUCCAGGUGGACGAAUCGGUCGAGGUGGACCAGGUGGUCGUGGCGGUGCAGGACUAAUCUUUGGACAACCAGGUUUUGGAAGUCUCGGAGGAUGUGGUGGUGGCAAUCGUCAUCGCCAUCAUCGUCGUUCAACUGUUGCACCAUCGACUGUCGCACCAGCAUCUUCUUCAUCAUCAUCUGCCGCGCCAUCAACUGCUGCUCCUUCAACUGAUGCACCAGCAGCUUCUUCGUCAUCUUCUGCAGCGCCAUCAACUGCUGCACCAUCAACUGCCGCACCAUCAACUGCUGCGCCAUCAACUGCUGCACCAUCAACUGCUGCACCAUCAACUGCCGCACCAUCAACUGCCGCACCAUCAACUGCUGCACCAACAACUGUUGCACACCACGACCUCUUCGAAAUAAUGUUUUUAAUAAUUUUAAUAACAACAGCAUUUCUUACACCGAACUACACAUAUUCAUUCUCGCCCAGACGAGAUUUCAACAAACAUGCAUUCGGUCGUCAAUCAAAUCAGUAUCCCCAACACUUCACUAAUUAUAUGCAAAAUAAUCAGGGUCAACGAGGAUUCGGACGUCGGGGCUCUCGUGAAUUUGAUGGACCUCGUGGACUCCGUGGAUUUGGCGGACCAGGUAGACGUGGCGGUCCAGGACCAAGCCUAGGUGCUUUCAGAAGACCACCAUUUGGUGGACGUCAAGGCGGGUUUGGACAACCAGGUUUUGGAGAUUUCGAAGGAUUUGGAGGCUUUGGUGGUUUUGGUGGGGGUGAUUGUCAUCGCCGUCAUCAUCGCCAUCAUCAUCGUCAUCAUCAUCGUCGUUCAACCGUUGCACCAUCGACUGUCGCACCAGCAGCUUCGUCAUCAUCAUCUGUCGCACCAGAAGUUUCUUCAUCAUCAUCUGUCGCGCCAUCAACUGUUGCGCCAUCAACUGAUGCACCAGCAGCUUCUUCAUCAUCGUCUGCCGCGCCAUCAACUGUUGCGCCAUCAACCGUUGCACCAUCAACUGCUGCACCAUCAACCGCUGCGCCAUCAACCGCUGCGCCAUCAACUGCUGCACCAUCAACUGCUACACCAUCAACUGUUGCACCAUAAACUGCCGCAACAGCUACCGCAAAAUUUUGUUCUUAGUUACUUUAGUAACUAUAAUCACUUGAUUUGAAGGUUUAUAAAUUAAAAAUAAAAGGGUUUCAAUAAA